UUGCAACUGUGCAACCAUUUCAAUUGGUCUUUCCUUAAAGGAGCUUCCUCUUGCUUCUCUACCCUUUCUGUCCAGCAACAACAAGAAAUGAAGUCCUUUAAAAUACAGCUAACAUUUAAAUCAAUUCACUGCGUAAAGAAAGGACUUCUUGUGUGUUGGUCCGCAGCUUCCCGGAUGUGUUUCAGUUUGGCAAUCAUCUCUUCCUUACUAACUUUUCAGUUUGUCUCGGGCGCUGCGGAUGAUUGUGAGUCCAUUAAGAAUCCAGUCCUGUUCAUCACAACGCCAGAAAAUCUGGAAGCACUGAGUGGAUCGUGUCUACAAGUCCCAUGCCACUUUUCUGCUAAAGAAAGAGCAAGCUUCUCGGGGCAAAACUUUGGGGUGUGGAUCAAAUCAGAUUCUAGGUUUAAAGAAUUCUCAAGAAAUGUGAUUUUCAACAGCAGUGGGUCGAUCAAAACGUAUCCGCUGGAAAUUACGGGAAACCUGGAGAGGCAAAACUGCACAACUGUGUUUCGGAGCUUAACGAGGGAACAUUCAGACACGUACUUCUUCAGAAUUGAACGUACGCAGUUCCAGGCAACAGCUUCCUGCAGUGGAUUUCGCUUAACAGUCAGAGAUUCUCCUCAGCGUCCCAGCAUUAAUCUUCCCUCUGACCUGAAGGAGCAUCAGUCUGUCACUAUAACCUGCUCAGCUUUCACUCCCUGUCCACAAUCACCUCCUGAACUCACCUGGAAUCUCCAACAAGACUCUCUCAGACAAACAGAGAAAAACACAGAUGGAACCUUUACAACUAAAAUCCAGAAGAACAUCACUCUGUCAGACACACAUGAUGGAUACAACAUCAGCUGUUCUGCCAGAUAUCCUGUGAUUGGAGGAAUCAAGACAGCAGAGACAGAAGUGACUCUCAGUGUUUCAUAUUCUCCUAAAGACACCUCAGCAUCCAUCAGUCCAUCAGGUUUGGUGUCAGCAGGUAGCAGGGUGGAGCUGAGCUGCUCCAGCAGAGCCAAACCUCCACCCAGCUUCACCUGGUUCAGGAACAGCAAAGAUGGAGCCACUAAAGUGUCUGUGGGGCCGGUUUACAGACUCCAUAUGACCAACAUGACAGAUUUGGGAAGUUAUUACUGUGAGGCAGAAAAUAUUCUGGGGAGUCAGACAUCUACACCGAGUCAUUUAAAAGACCACGGAACAUUUUGGGGAGCUGCUGCUGGGGGAUUUAUUGCGAUCAUCGUUGUGAUCUGUGGUGCUUACAUUCUUUGGCGCUUGAAGUUUAAACAUUCAGCUUUACGUCAGUCUCAGAAUUCGGGUUUCCAAGAGCCUACCAGCACCGAAGAAAACCAGGACAUCCAUUAUGGAGACAUCGACUUCUCUGCGAUGAGACCGUCGCUUAAAACAGCCCGAGACGAGACGGAUCAGCAGAAUGUUAUGUAUUCAGAGGUGAAAGUGCGCAGAACUGGCAACAGGACUGAAUCGGUGGACGGCCUCUACGCUCAGGUGAAGACGAAACCAGUCAACCCACAUUUCACCUAGCGAAACGUCGUCUCACAGAUAUGUUUGACUUUUUCUCUAAACUGUUCAAACGCAGACAGUUGUUUUCAUCUUAAACUGUAUGUUUCGGGUUUCCUUCCACAAACUAUUCACAGUAGUUUGCCAUUUGUGGAAAGCAAACUAUUGUGAAGGGCCUCAAAAGCACCGAUUUAGACGUACGCUUAGGUUUAUUGUCCAGGUAGACGACACAUUUAUGCCCAAGGUUUAACUUCCUGGUUGAUGUGUUGAGAUGUUGCUUCAAUAUUUCCACAAAUUGUUCCUUUCUCAUGAAGCCAUCUUUUUUUUUUUUUGAAGCGCACCACUCCCUCCUUCAGCAAAGCAACCACAUGCUUCCAUCUCCACGCUUUCGUCUUUCCUUUUUCCUCAAAAUGAAAUGUCAUUAUGUCCAAGCGCCUCAACUUCAACUUUAUCGGACUUCUGUCUUUUCAUGCAAUCUCUGUCAAUUUUCCGAUCGUGUUAUGCGGGUCCACUUCUAACGACGCUCUCUUAUCCAGAGCACCUUUCAGAGAAACCCGCGCAAGGAAGGUUAUAGGGGAAAUACUUGCUCUAAAAUGGACAACUUUGAUUUUGAAGGGAGAAAAGUGACUCCGUGCUUGCAAUGGCCACAUAUUCACAGAUCAUGUACUAAUGAAUGAACCAGUCACAAAUGAGUCAUAAUUGAUUUAUGCUGUAAAUAGAUUUUCACUUAAAUUUAAACAACAAGAAAAAAUAUUGCUCAAGAGAUGCAAGUAGGUAUGGUACCUAGUGGCUAAGACUGUCAUUAUUUAAUGCUUGAAAUAUUAGAUUUAUUUGCGUGAAAGAAGGAAAAAAUGAAACAUCUGGCAGUUGUUGUAAUAAAAUAACUUUAAAACAAAUGUCUACUUUGAUAAAAGAUUUGUAUUUGUAACGGAUGCAAAAAAAAUAGCAGCCGUUGGAUUAAAUACAUUUAACUUUAACUCAAAAGCCUUUAAAAUGGAUAUGGUUUUAGCUGCAGAUUUCCAUAUUCAUACAGGAAACGGGAGGCAGGUUUGGGUUCUGAGGAAGUUUCCAUUACCUCUUCUCUUGUCUUCCUCGCAAAAUAUAAUUAAAAGGUUUAAAUAGAACAAACUUUAUUUUGUCAUUUUGUUUCAGCGCAUGACUAUGGUGAUCUUAGAGUUGUCAGAAUCCUCUUUGUGUGAAAUAAGUUGAUUGUCUGAUUUUGGGUCAGUUUUCUUAGUCCCUGACAGUAUUUAGCUUAGUUUGCACUGAUUCUUUUUUUUAAACCUGUAGUUAAACAUCUGUUAUGGAAUAAAACUAAGCAAAUUAGAAGUAGGUGAACAUAACAAAUACCAUAGAAGGUUAUAAUUCAUUUGCUUAAGUGUAGAAAAAUGUGUCUUACAGUCACAAACGUAAAGGUAAAACCUGAUUUCCUUUGCAUUUCAUUGAAAACAUAAUAGAAAAUUAGACUUUUAUGCUGUUUUCUGACCAAGUAGAGGGCUCUGCCUAGUCUUUACAUUAGAGCCAAAAGCAUCGGAAAAAGGGAACUGGAAAAUAAUGUUAGGAAAGUUAUUAGAAAACUGAAAUCUAGUGUCAUGAAUUUGAAUUAGAUGUGAGACGCAAAAACCAAAUGAAUCGAUGAAGAAUUUCCAAAUAAAGCUGUAAACCAAGCAGGGGAAGGAAUGUAACUUUAAGCUAAAAUAAUUACACAAAAAACCAGAAAAUGUUGUUUUUGUGGGCUUUGAGCCUGGUUUUCAGUUUGCUGAAGAUAAAAGAUAAAAUAUCUUGCUAUUUUAUCUCAAAACACGAGCCUGAAACUUGAAACUGAAUGCAGUUCGUGUCUGCCUCAAACCUACGUUGGUUGUGUGGUUUCAAAUUAAAAUAAAAAUUAACGAAGUUGGUCACUGGUGUUUCUGUUUCUCAUUUUAAGCAGACAAGAAGUGAAAAUAGGACUGUUUAUGUCAAUGUCCUGUGGGAAAUGUUUUCUUCAACCAUCUAUCAGUCUUCGUUCACAAAUUGUGAAACUUCCCUUUUUCCAGAGAGCUUAUUGACAAGGACACGAAUGUAAAAAUGUAUUAGGUGUCAACCUUAUACUGUAGGAGGGCUACCAAUGUCUAUUUCAACUUCACCACAAGUCUACUAUAUGUGUGAGAGUGAAUGACGUAAAAAGGAGGCUUGAUCUUUCAACCCACCACAACCUUGCAAGAAAACAUGAAUACAUAAUGUGUUUGUAGUCCAGGUUUAUUUAGGAGCUCCAAAAUAAACCUGGGUCCAUUUGUAACUUUGAGAGUUGCAUUUGUCUUUAUUUGGUGGUGGAAAAUUAAGGCUCUCAAAGACAACAGAUUUUAAAUGGGGAUUAAAAUGAGGAAACAAAGUCCUAAUAAUGAACUGUAUUUAUGAGGAGUGUGAUACAGACCUAGGAUUCUAUAGCGUUACAUUUGUGCCAACAUUUUGAGUGCUAAUGUUUACUUUCCCUCAAGUAAACAUUAGCAUGCUAAUCAUGCUUUUGUUUUUUACAUGUUGUUAAGAUUGCAAUAAAUAUGAUGAUUUUUCAAA